UUGAAUUUGAAUUUGAAUUCUAUUAUUUCUGCAUUAGUUUUAAUAAUCUCAUGUGUUUUCUUUCUAAUCAGUCCCAUCAAAGGUGGAGUUGAUGCUAAAGAACUAUUCCAUUUCUAUAUUAUGCUUUGGAUUCAAGAUAAACGUUUGGCUUUACUUGAUUCAUGCAAACUAGAUAAGAUCAAAUGGCCGGGAGUUAGAACACAACAUUCAACAACACCUUUUAUCGACGAAACUUAUAACCGUCUGAUGGAAACUUUGAAUGAUUAUGAAGUUAUAAUUAGUCUCUGGCCAGAUUACACUACUGUUCUGGAGGAUGCCAUUGCUGAUAUAGAGAAGGCAACUAUGGAGACUCUAGAAAAACAAUAUGCAGAUGUCUUGUUACCGAUAAAGGAAAACUUUGCCCCGAAGAAAUUUGGACUCAAAUAUGUACACAAGCUAACUAAAAGAUCCACAUUACAAUAUGUUGUCCCUGAUGAGGUAAACUCUUAUAAGUAAAAUUAAAUCUCAUUUGAGUAAUGCUAACAAAAAUUUAUUUUGUUUUUGAAGCUUGGGGUUCUGUUAAAUUCCUUGAAGAGAAUAUUGGAUUGUUUGCAGCCCAAGAUUGAAAAGAAAUUCAACUCAUGGGGGGCAGAAUCUGUAGAUUGUUUAAGUGAAGUUACAAUCAUGAUUCGAAGCAAGUUUCGAAACUAUAUUCAAUCUGUGGUGGAAAAACUAGUUGAAAAUACAAAAUUACAUAAUGUUACCAAGUUAAAAAAGAUACUCGGAGAUUCAAUAGAAUGCGUGUCUGAAUCUGAAGUCGAAAACAGAAUGCAGCCGCUAAAAGACCAAUUGACAGACACAAUAGAACAUCUUCAUGGAAUUUUAGCGACGCGGGUUUUUGUUCUUGUAUGCAGAGGAUAUUGGGAUAGAAUGGGACAGGUGAAU